AUGUCGAUAGGACGCGCGUCUCUCUCUGGCAUGCAGGGUACAGGGGGGUCAGCGGUUUUGCAGGAUGAGCUGGCAAUGGUGGGCAUCGUGCUUGAGGGAUCCAAGAUCAUGAGGGUCGUGGCAGGGAGUCCAGCGCAUCUGGCCUGCCGAGACGAUGUGAGGAUCGAGGCAGGGGAUGCUGUGAUAGCGGUUGAUGGGAUGCCGGUCGACGAUCGUACUGCACCUCGUGCUCUGAGUCAAAACAAAUUCCCAGGAACUAUGGUGGAAGUUACCAUCGAGAAAAGAUCAAGAAUCAACAGCGGGAGUACAUACGAUUUUCUCGGCAUGGAAAGAAAGCGCAACCAAGAGCGGGUCAAGUUUGAUUUGACAAGGCAGAGCGCUGAUAGCCUUGAGUUGCAACGGAAGAUGUCUGAGUUAGCAGACCACUGCCUUGGUGAGCGGCAAGAUCAGGUCGAUUUGCAUCGUCAGCUAAAGGAGCUUUCCGAGCUUCUGGUGGCUCACAAUGUAGCAAAGGAAGCGUGGGUCACCAAUCACAUCUUGAGCAAGGACGAGGCCCUCAAGUUCCCCGACCAUUACCUUGGUGCGAAUGCUGAGAAGUCUCGCGAAAUGUUGCGCACGACGGAUGAGAUCAAACAUUUGAAGAAGGAGCUUGAAAGUGUUCGAGCAAGCGAAAGAAAGACUAAAGCAGAGCUGAUUGAAGCAAAAUUGGUCUUGAAACAUUCGGAAUCGGAGACCAUGCAGCUGCUGCAGCAAUCGAACGUUGAACUUGAACAGUGCUACAAGAAGUUGCAAAAAGAAAGUGAACGGGCAGAUUUACAUGAGAAACGAGCAGAGCAGGCCCUGCACAAGCUGCGAACAGAGCAGGGCAUUAAUGAGGAUCUGCGAGCUGAGAUCGCCAAGCAGCUACAAGUCACGACGACGUUGGAACAAAGUGGUUCAGAGAACCUCGAGAAAGCGGCGCGAAAGAUAAAUCACGUCGAGGAAGACCUGCUCUCUGCCCAUCGAGAGAUCAAGAUGCUCCAGGAGAGUGAAAGUAUCCUGAUGAAACGAGUCAAUGCUCUCCAAAACCUGAGACUGAACGAUGUUGCUGCCGAAGAGACUGCGCGACAGCUCAAGGCAUGGUCCGAUGAAAUCUUAUUCUUAAGAAGGACCAAAGACCAGAUCGAAGAAGAGAGACGAAUUUUGAGGGAGCAGCUCUACGACAAGAAGGAGGAGAUCAUGGAGCUCAAGAAGCAAGAAUGCAACAAGACCAACUUCGAAACACUGCAAAGGAAGAUCAAAGAAAAAGAAAGCAUCAUUGCUACCCAAGCAGCUGAAAAAGUGCAGUGCGAGUUAACAAAGAUGAAACGCUAA